AGCAGUUGUGGGCGAGGGGGCCUGGUGGGCGGCUGAGAGGAGAGGCGCGCGGAGGGCGGGAAAGGCGGCUCGCGGAGGGGCCCCUGGGGCGGAUGGGGACGCCUUUGCCUUAGCGCGGCCUGGCUGCUCUCGAGCGGCGCGAGGAGCCUUGGCUUCCGGUACAAUAUGUUCAAGAGAAUGGCCGAGUUCGGGCCUGACUCGGGAGGAAGAGUAAAGGGUGUGACUAUUGUGAAACCUAUAGUUUAUGGGAAUGUGGCACGCUAUUUUGGAAAGAAACGAGAAGAAGAUGGACACACACAUCAGUGGACAGUGUAUGUUAAACCUUACAGAAAUGAGGAUAUGUCUGCCUAUGUAAAGAAAAUCCAGUUUAAGUUGCAUGAAAGCUAUGGUAAUCCACUGAGAGUUGUAACGAAGCCACCAUAUGAAAUCACUGAAACAGGCUGGGGUGAAUUUGAAAUCAUCAUCAAGAUAUUUUUUAUCGAUCCUAAUGAAAGACCUGUGACCCUGUAUCAUCUGUUGAAGCUGUUUCAAUCUGAUACUAAUGCAAUCUUGGGGAAGAAAACAGUAGUUUCUGAAUUUUAUGAUGAGAUGAUUUUUCAGGAUCCUACUGCUAUGAUGCAGCAGCUCUUGACCACUUCUCGUCAGUUAACACUUGGUGCUUAUAAGCAUGAAACAGAGUUUGCCAAUGUCGAGGUCAAAACCCGAGAGAAGUUGGAAGCUGCCAAGAAGAAAACGAGUUUUGAGAUUGCCGAACUGAAAGAAAGAUUAAAAGCAAGUCGCGAAACUAUCAACUGCUUGAAAAACGAAAUCAGGAAACUAGAGGAUGAUGAUCAGUCCAAAGAGAUAUAGCUCAUAUCUUUUUUUUAAAGGGACUAAAAAUAAGCCUUCUGGUAAUUAAAUUAUUAACGCUUUCUCCAGGGUUUAAUAGUGAUUAUGGCAUAUAAGAAGAUUCUAGAGGCAGGAGGGUGAGAUAUUAGUAUAUGUUUUUGUGUGUUUGUGUGUGUGUAAGAGAGAAAGAGGUUCAUCAUGGAACAUUUCACUAUUAAAUGUUUUUAAAAUAAAGAAUAUUUUCAUGGUUGAAAUAAAA